UUUGAUUUGAUUUGAUUUGAUUUGGAUUUGCAACAAGCACCAAUCUCGUUUCACACUUGAAAAAAUCUCUCACUUUGUUUUCUCUUCUCUAACCAUCAAUAUGAUUGUCUCUCUUUAACCAAUAACAUAUUCUCCCAUUUAAUAGUUAAACAUAGGUGAUUAUCUUUUCAUCUCACUCACUCAGUUAUUCUCUCUCACACACACACAAACAUAUUCUCUUCAUUUCCAUUUUGAAAUUCAUUUCAAUAUAUCUCUCAAACUCUUGUGUAUGUGUUUACCUGAUCUCUUUUUGUGUUUAUGUUGACACUCAAUCGAUUUCUUUUUAAUCCUGUGUCUUAAUCCUCUUCUUUACCUGUAUAAAUGCUUUCAAAUUAAACCGGUAAACCUUUUCCCUGCCAUUUCUUACGUUAACUUGCAACCCUUUGAUAUUGAAGGAGGUCACCACCAACUCUUCAUCAUUUAACCUUUAACUUGACCACAAAAUCUUUUUUUUAAUAUUAUUUUUGAUUGUUUCCAAUUUCAAAAGAAAAACAAAUCAUGGGAAUUACUGUUCCACCGGGUCUAACAUGUAUGCUUAUGUUUGCCAUCUUCUCGGCGGCUUUGGGGAUGUUUCAAUUCGGUUACAAUACUGGUGUUAUUAAUGCACCUCAAAGGAUUAUCGAGGAGUUUAUCGAUGGCGUUUAUAAAGAUCGAACGGGAAAUUAUUUAUCACAAGAAUUAAGUGACUUCCUUUGGUCAUUAACUGUUUCCAUUUUUGCCGUUGGCGGUAUGUUCGGUGGUAUUAGUGGCGGUUUAAUUGCUGAUUGGUGUGGGAGGAAGUGUGGCCUUUUACUUAAUAAUGCGAUCGCCAUUUUGGGAGCUACAUUGAUGAGUUCGAGUCAACUUUUCAAAUCCAUUGAAUGUCUAAUUGCGGGUCGAUUUUUCAUCGGACUUAAUUGUGGUAUUAGCACAACGUUGGUUCCAAUGUAUUUAUCAGAGAUUGCGCCCAUUUCUCUGAGAGGUGCUUUAGGAACCGUUAGUCAAUUAGCUGUGACAAUUGGUUUAUUAUUGGGCCAAGUUCUGGGCAUUCCUUAUAUUCUGGGUACAAAAGACGGCUGGCCUUUCUUACUAGGAAUUGCAAUCAUUCCCGCUGUCCUUCAACUUUUACUUCUUCCAAUGUGUCCAGAAAGUCCAAGAUAUUUACUCAUCAGUAGAGGUCAAUUAUUAGACGCUAGAUUUGCACUUCAACGAUUACGUUGCUCAACUGAUGUCGAUGAAGAUAUUGAAGAGAUGAGAUCUGAACAUAAAUCACAACAAUCUGAAAAACGAUAUUCGGUUUGGCAAGUUAUCAGUAAUAAACAAUUCCAAAAACCAAUCACCAUUAGUAUUGUAAUGCAAUUAUCACAACAACUUUCCGGAAUCAGUGCUAUUUUCAAUUACUCGACGGCGAUAUUUAAAAAUACUGGUAUUAACUCUGAAGCGGCACAAUUUGCCACCAUAGGUGUAGGCACUGUUAUGGUCAUUAUGACCCUUGUUUCAAUACCUUUAAUGGACCGAGCUGGUCGUCGGACCCUCCAAUUAUGGGGUUUGGGUGGCAUGUUCAUAACCAGUAUAUUUUUUACAAUUUCAUUAUUAGUUCAAUUUAUAUAUCAAGGAAUGGCUUACGCCUGUAUCGUCAGUGCAUUAGCAUUUGUAAUAUUUUUCGCCAUGGGACCAGGAUCAAUUCCUUGGUUAAUCACUGCUGAGCUUUUCUCACAAGGGCCUCGAUCGGCAGCCAUGAGUAUAGCUGUCCUAGUCAAUUGGUCAACUAAUUUUGUUGUUGGAAUAGGUUAUCUUUUUAUGCAGAAUCAUCUUGGAGACUAUACAUUCCUGCCAUUCACUGCUUUCUUGGCUAUUUUCUGGACAUUUACGUACAAAAAAGUUCCCGAAACAAAGAAUCGAACCUUCGAGGAGAUACAAGUUCUCUUUCAAAAUAAUUCUGGUUUAGCGGGUAUGGAAAGUAUAGCAGAUCGACCCACAACCUCCAAUGUGCUAGAUGAUAAACCAAAUGUGGAACCAUGUAUGCAUCAUAAUCAUCAUCAUCAUCACUGUCACCAUGGAGGAGGUGUUGGUGGUGUUUAUCCACCUCCACCUUUAAUACCUCCCAUAGUAUCGACUAGAAAAAAAGUUUCAGUCGCUGAGAUUGAUGGUGAUACGUUAACUGCUAAUCACGUUGACGAAGAUCAACUUUAACUAACUUUAAUUUUGAAUCAAAGAUACAAGAAAACAAAAUCCUAUUUAACACAAUUAACAAUUUAGAAAGUUUUUAUUAAUAUUUUCAAUUCUAGCCUACAAUUGGAAAAACAAAAUCACAAGAAACAAACGAUGAGCCUCAAGAACCUAAUGCAAUAGAAAAAUGAAACUUUUCUAAUUGUUAGAAAAGCUCAAAUUGUUAAUCCUGAUUAACGGAUAAUCCAUUCAACUGCUCAAGAAAUUAACGUUUUUUUUUCUGACACCAGAUCAAAUUUUAAUCACAAUUAUCUUCCUUUUAAAUCAACUUUAAUCAACUGAACAGAAUCAACGAUAACUGUCUCUUGAUAACGGGUGAUUCCGUUUCCUUUUUUUUAAUUACUAUUAUUUAUGGUGUUUUAAUUUCCCUCACAACCCCAAUUAGUCAAUUAUCCAUAUUUUUGUUUCUACAAUUAACUACCUUAAACUGUAAAUUGUUAUCAAGCUUUUAAUUGUUUUUUUUGUAAACAAUCCAACACAAAAUUCAUCGGAACAAAGAUCACAUUGAUUAGAAGCUGCUCAUACUUAAUUGUUUCGAGACAAUUAUCGUUUAAUUCCCAUCGGAUCCUUUUAUUACAACAUUUAAUCAUCAUGAUCUGGUUAAUUUUCGUUAAUUGUUUGCAAUUUAUACACAAAACAUCUCUUUUCUACAUCAACUCUCUUCACAAUCAAAUAGGUGCCAAUAAGUUUAUUCAUCUCUUUUUUGGAUUAAUCAUUUUAAUUGUUUCCAAUUUGUUUUCUCUCAUCUUGACACCACAAUUAACUUUAAUUGUCACGAUCUUACACCAUCAAGGAACAAUUUUCUAGGUGCUCAUAUCACACCAGCGAACCUAAAUCAACUCUAGAUGAUUAAUUAAUCCAGUGAUCCCAAACAAUUGAUGAAAUCGUUUAAAUUGAACAAUUUGCUUAUAAUUAAACUGUUGUUAAUUGAUCGCUACCUGAA